ACGCUGGGCGCGGGCUCCUGAAGGACGUCGUGCGUGGAUCCCGGCGCCUCGGCAGCCUCCAUUCAUCUGCCAGCUGCGCGCUCGCCGCCUCCGCGCCCCGCCUCGGCGUCGCCUCCUCCAGGCCCCUCUCUGCAGCCCUUUCCCCACUCCUCGGGUGAGGAGGUUCUCCUGGAAGCGCAGGUGUCGGUUAUGAGCCCGGCUUCCCUCGCUUGAAGCUCUCGGUAGAGGAAGUCGGGGUGACCCGCCGCGCCCCGAACAUGGGGGUGAACGCCGUGCAUUGGUUCCGAAAGGGACUCCGGCUACACGACAACCCCGCCCUGAAGGAGUGCAUCCAGGGCGCGGACACCAUCCGCUGCGUCUACAUCCUCGACCCCUGGUUCGCAGGCUCUUCCAACGUGGGCAUCAACAGGUGGCGAUUUUUGCUUCAGUGUCUUGAGGACCUUGAUGCCAAUCUACGAAAAUUAAACUCUCGUCUGUUUGUGAUUCGGGGACAGCCAGCUGAUGUAUUUCCCAGGCUUUUCAAGGAAUGGAACAUUACUAAACUUUCAAUUGAGUAUGAUUCUGAGCCUUUUGGGAAGGAACGGGAUGCAGCUAUCAAGAAGCUGGCCACCGAGGCUGGCGUGGAGGUCAUCGUGCGCAUUUCACAUACGCUCUAUGACCUGGACAAGAUCAUAGAACUCAAUGGUGGGCAGCCACCUCUAACAUAUAAAAGGUUUCAGACUCUUGUCAGUAAAAUGGAGCCACUGGAGAUGCCAGCAGACACCAUCACAUCAGAUGUGAUAGGAAAGUGCGCGACCCCUCUGUCUGAUGACCAUGAUGAGAAAUACGGAGUUCCUUCCCUGGAAGAGCUCGGCUUUGAUACAGAUGGCUUGUCCUCUGCAGUAUGGCCAGGAGGAGAAACUGAGGCACUUACACGUUUGGAAAGGCAUUUGGAAAGAAAGGCCUGGGUGGCAAACUUUGAGAGACCUCGGAUGAAUGCCAACUCCCUCCUGGCGAGUCCGACUGGACUCAGCCCUUACCUCCGCUUUGGUUGUUUGUCAUGUCGGCUGUUUUAUUUCAAGCUAACAGAUCUCUACAAAAAGGUAAAGAAAAAUAGUUCCCCUCCCCUUUCUCUUUAUGGGCAACUCCUGUGGCGUGAAUUUUUUUAUACUGCAGCCACAAACAACCCACGCUUUGACAAAAUGGAAGGGAACCCCAUUUGUGUUCAGAUCCCUUGGGAUAAGAAUCCUGAAGCUCUGGCCAAAUGGGCAGAAGGCCGGACUGGCUUUCCCUGGAUUGAUGCCAUCAUGACACAGCUUCGUCAGGAGGGCUGGAUCCACCAUUUAGCCAGACAUGCGGUUGCAUGUUUCCUGACUCGCGGUGACCUGUGGAUCAGUUGGGAAGAAGGGAUGAAGGUCUUUGAGGAGCUGCUGCUCGACGCAGACUGGAGCAUCAACGCGGGGAGCUGGAUGUGGCUGUCCUGCAGCUCCUUCUUCCAACAGUUUUUCCACUGCUACUGCCCUGUGGGUUUUGGUAGGAGGACAGAUCCCAAUGGAGACUAUAUUAGGCGUUAUUUACCUGUCUUAAGAGGCUUCCCUGCAAAAUAUAUCUACGAUCCUUGGAAUGCACCAGAAGGUAUCCAGAAGGUAGCCAAAUGUUUGAUAGGAGUUAAUUAUCCCAAACCAAUGGUGAACCAUGCUGAGGCCAGCCGAUUAAAUAUUGAAAGAAUGAAGCAGAUCUACCAGCAGCUCUCCCGGUACAGAGGGCUAGGUCUUCUUGCCUCGGUCCCUUCUAAUCCCAAUGGGAACGGAGGGCUCAUGGGCUACGCUCCUGGGGAGAACGUCCCGAGCUGUAGCAGCGGCAGCGGAAAUUGCUCUCAAGGAAGUGGUAUUUUACACUAUGCUCACGGAGACAGUCAGCAAACUCACCCACUAAAGCAAGGAAGAAGCUCCGUGGGCACCGGCCUCAGCAGUGGGAAGCGUCCUAGUCAGGAAGAGGAUGCACAGAGUGUUGGCCCCAAAGUCCAGCGACAGAGCAGUAACUGAUCGGUAAACACUUCGGUUUUCUCUAUAUUGUAGAAUAUUUCAUUAAAAUUCAGUAAUUUCUACGUGAGAACUGAUCUGUUCUCUACCACAUGAGCAGUUGUUAUAAAUGCAGUUAAUGGUUGAACAGAGGAGGAGCCCCUGCAGCAGACACAGCCCUGAGCUCAGAGCCAGGCUCCCACACCACCGUCUGUCUGACUUUCAGAAGCUUGUAGUUCUGAAGACAUGGUUCUCUUAUGACAGAACUAUGAGCCUCCUCCUUUCGAUAACUAAGAUCCCGCUAAAACUCUCCCUCAAACCCUUACACUAAAUAUUGUUGUGUACGGAAGGAAGGGGUUUGAGCCAAGGUUAUGCGCAGGCCAGCCUCACACCGCUGGGAUCCUUCUGAGCCAUCUUUCCAAAUGCUAGGACUGCAGACACACCAUAGACUCAGUUCAUCCUGUCAUCUUCUGUUGUGCGGCUUUGAAAACCUCAUCCUUCGUUUUUAAUCAGUGCUGGGCCUUGUUAGAAGUGGCAGAAAUCCUGCCUACAUCCAACUUAAUUCAAUUUAUGAUACUGUUUUGUGACUCAGUUAAUAAGAAAAGUAUUUACAUUCUACUUUUGUCAGUUCUUAAAGCUUUUCAUACCUUUGGUUAUCUUAAACUGUUUACAUUAUCACUUAGUUUUUAUGCCAACCAUAUACAUUUCUUGAAGUAAAAGUCGGUAAAUGCUCAUCAGUUUUUGAUUAUUUAAUUCUUUGCAAUGAAGUUUUACUUGUUUCCCCCCCCCCCUUUAAAUCACAGAAAGCAUACAGAAGGAGUCUUCGCAGCUGAAGUUGGUGGGAAAGUCAGUACUUUUCAUUUAAAUUAUUUAAAAAUGUCAUUCAUUCAUGGAAAACAGUUACAUUUCGAACAUAUUAUUUCUAAUAAUAUUUCUGUGGUUUUUAACUUUUUAAUGAAUGUCACAAAGGACAAGUGGUAAUUUGUAUAUAAAGAACUUGGUAAAAGAUUUGCUUAAUGUAAAUAUAGCCACAGUUAGAAUAGACUCAUCAGUAUAUUUUUGAUAAUUUUUCAUGUAUGGUAAAAGUUAAAAUCUCAAGAGUUUUGAGAGUCAUUGCAGGAAAAUGGGAAGUUUUUAGACUUUCUUAAAACUUUGUUAAAAUUUUAGGACACAUUUUUCCAGACAUCAUUGUUUGACCUAAUUUUGCAGUCUUUGAUAAUAAUGCUUUAGAAAAUACAUGUAGUCCAGUGCACAUGCCUCUGUCGGCGUGGACAGUUGUGUUAAAGCCUCCAGUGCCGCUGCUCGGACUCGCACUCACUGUGUACUGUGCUGAGCGCCUCUGUCUCCCCGCUCGUUUAUUUACAGCCACUGUGACUUUGUUAUUAAAGAAUGCAAAUAUGGA